AUGAAUGUGGAUACCUUGGGCCUGCCCAACAUUUCUCAGGGUCCCAGCAAAGUACUCUGGGGCACUCGCAGGGGUCCAACCAUGCGCCGACAGAGGGAGUUUAUGCCGGAAGAGAAGAAGGACACAAUUUACUGGGAGAAACGGAGAAAGAACAACGAGGCGGCCAAGCGGUCCCGGGAAAAGCGACGUCUCAAUGAUGUGGCCAUUGAAGGCAGGCUGACCAUGCUGCUGGAAGAGAAUGCUAUACUAAGAGCUGAACUGCAAGCACUCAAACUUCGAUUUGGCCUUUUGCCUUCUGUGUGUGGUCCCCGGACAUUGCCCUUGCAGGCCUUGCUAUGGAAGUCUUCCUGGGCUGGAGACUCUCAUUCAGGGGCUGACAAAUUCUUAUCUUUGCCUGGUGCCCAUGGCUGCCUCUUCAAACCAUAUGCCGUGGAUUCUGGGAUUACGGGUUGCUCAGGCUGCCUGGUGGCUCAAGGGUGGGCUGGCUUAGCUGCUUCCCCCAGGUUCUUCCAGGAGACCCCCAGGAUAGUUGACAGGACCUUUCAUUCCACCUUCCCAGCUGCUAUCUUUGGUUGUCACUUCUUAGAUGGGUAUGCGGGACCCAGAACAGAGCUCAAGUCUUGUUGUGGGCUGUGGCCACCUUUGCCCACUGGAUCCCAUGCCCCAGGGCCCUCAGAUAUCUCACUGACAUCCUUUGAGAGUUCCAUGGGGUUUUUGCCUGGUAUGACCUGCCCUGUCCCAGGUGACAGGUCUGAGGGGCUGGCUCAGAUUUCCCUGCCUCACAAACUGCGCAUCAAAUCCCAAACCUCAAGCAGCUUAUGCUGA